ACUUACACCUAAGGCUCCACAACCUUAUUCAUCACUUGCAAGAAAAUAAAAACACCACAUCUAUACUUUUUUUUUUGAGCCAAUCAUAGAAGAUGAAUAUGAAAAAAAUAGAAAAUAAAUACCACCAAAUGAUGGUUCCCACUCACUAUAGUUUAGGUUUGAUAAAUUAAUAAUUACAUGGGAAUGAAUGAAUGAAUGAAAUUAUAGUUACAUCAUCUUCUAGUUUAUGAAAAGAGAAAAAAAAAAGAAAGCAACAACCCCACACCACAAAGCAAUAAGGAGUACAAAACUAAUCAGUGUUUUGGGGUCAAUGCAUGGCAAACUCAUUCACUCUUCUCAGAACCAAACCUCGUCUCUCUCCUUACCUCUUCACCGUCUUAGCUUUCAUUCUCUUCGCCGCCGUCAUCCUCAACACACAUGAUUUCCUCUUCAUCUUCCAUCCGCGUCUCCAACAACUCCAUCCCAACGCUGACACACAGGCAGUACUCAGUGAGUUGACUCGGUCCAACGCUGUACAAACGGUGGAGAAAAAGGAGGAAAGUGUAUGCGAUGUGUUCAGUGGAAGGUGGGUUCGAGACGAGUUGACUCGGCCAUUGUACGAAGAAUCGGAGUGUCCGUAUAUACAACCUCAGUUGACUUGUCAAGAACAUGGGCGGCCGGAUAAAGAGUAUCGGCGGUUACGGUGGCAACCUGACGGUUGCGAUGUUCCCAAAUUCAAUGGAAGUUUAAUGCUAGAAACACUUCGUGGGAAGAGGAUGAUGUUUGUUGGAGACUCCCUCAACCGGGGUCAAUAUGUCUCUUUGAUAUGCCUUCUCCAUCAACUCAUUCCCCAACAUGCUAAAUCGAUGGAAACCUUUGAUUCACUCACCGUCUUCACAGCCAAGGAAUACAAUGCUACAAUUGAGUUCUAUUGGGCACCUUUUCUUCUUGAGUCAAACUCCGAUAACGCUGUCAUCCAUAGGGUAACGGAUAGGAUUGUGAGAAAAGGUUCAAUCAAUAAGCAUGGUCGUUUUUGGAAAGGCGCAGACAUUUUGGUAUUCAACACCUAUCUUUGGUGGGUAACUGGCUCCAACAUGAAGAUAUUGCUUGGUUCUUUUAAGGAUGAAGUAAAAGAGAUUGUUGAGAUGUCAACCGAGGAAGCCUAUCGAAUGGCUAUGAGAAGUAUGCUUAGAUGGACGAGAAGGAACAUGGAUCCCAACAAGACUAGAGUCUUCUUCACCAGCAUGUCACCUUCUCAUGGAAAGAGCGUAGAGUGGGGAGGGGAACCAGGAGGAAACUGCUACAAUGAAACAACUCCAAUUGAGGAUCCCUCAUACUGGGGAUCCGAUUCACUGAAAAGCAUAAUGCAAGUGAUUGGAGAAGAGUUCAGAAAAUCCAAAGUUCCUAUAACAUUUCUCAACAUUACUCAGCUUUCCAGCUACCGCAAAGACGCGCAUACAUCAAUCUACAAAAAGCAAUGGAAUCCAUUGAGUCAAGAGCAAUUAGCCAACCCUUCUAGCUAUGCUGAUUGUUCACAUUGGUGUUUACCCGGACUUCAAGAUACUUGGAAUGAGCUUCUCUUUGCCAAGUUAUUUGAUCAUUGAACUGAAAACAGCAUCAAAAUUAUAGAGAUCAUUGUUCUCUUGGGUGAAGGAUUUUAACAAGAUAACUAUAAUCAUAGAUACAAACUAUAGUAUGUUAUUUAUAGGAUAAGUACUCAAGAAUAUAUGUAUGUACCAUCGGGAUCCCCUGAGGACUCAAAGAUGAUAGUUCUUGACUGAGGUUUUCAAGUUUUGAAUUUAUGAAAACAUAUUUUUCUCUUUA